AUGGGCACUGACUCUAACCAUAAUACCGAAAAUGUUGGUAGUGGUGGUGCAUCUAAGGUUUUAGGCCUCAGUGGUGAUAACAAUGAUACUGGUCAUCUUUUUAAAAUAUUGAAAAAUCUAGAUACAUCUUUAAAAAAGAACACUGCUUUUAUUAAGAAAAUCAAGUUAUCGAUUAACAAAGAAAGCCAAUUGCAAAUUUUAAAAGAUAUUUCAACUAUAUCUUUGGAAAAAUAUCUAUCUGAAAUUAUUCCUGCUGUUUCUGAGGGCUUAACGAAAUGUAUUAAAAAUGACGAUAUUAAUGCUGCUUUGGAGAUAGUAAGUGCAUUACAUCAAAGAUUCUCAAUUCAUUUCACACCCUUUUUACUAUCUUAUUUUUUAAACAAUUUAUUACAUCCAAUCUCAAUUCCUUCAACAGUGAUGAAUUCUGGCGAUAAAGAUCAGCAAUCCCCAUAUUCUGCUAAUAAGGAUGACUUAUUGAAGGCAAACAAAAAGCGGAACUUACUACGAUUAUUCACUGAAUUUUAUCUAAUUGGUUUGUUCCAAAAUUUCAAUUUUUGCGCAAAAGAUUCUCUUUCUGACUCCAUCUCUAAAAAAUUCAAAAGUCUUCAAUCAAAUAACCUUUUUGUUUUUAUAAUCCAAGAUAUUUUGUCUUCGACUGUUGAAUUUAAUUUAGGUAUUACUUUAAAUAUUGUAACAAUGUUUAUAAAAAGAUUCUUUUAUCUUUUUCCUUUGUAUUCAAAAGUUUUAACAUUGUCCAAAGACUUGUUAUCACUCUUGGAUCAAUCCCAAAAUUCAGAUCAAGAAUUAUCAACAUUGUUAUUCAAUUUAUUUCAAAUUUAUUUCAAAAAACUAGUUUCAAGGACUGAGUCCCUAAAUCUUAAAUUAAUAUCGUUGGAAAAUAGAAAUAAACAAUUUGCAAUAAGAACAGGUAAAAUCUCUGAUCAACAUCAAUCAAAUUAUGAUGAUUUAUUAAAUUUAUAUAAAAAAUUCAAAAAUUUAUGUGAAACAUUCAAUGAAAUUUUAAAAUUUGAUAUCCCUGAUUUUGACCAAUUAACAAUUGAUAAUAAAAAGAAAUUAAACGAUGAUUUCAAUGAUCAUGAUCCAUCCUUAGUAACAGGAGUCUUAAAACAAAACAGAUUAGAUGGCAAAUUUUCAAUCUGGUCUAAUGAUGAGGAAAAAAAAUUCUAUGAAGAAUUACCUGACUUAAGAAAUACAAUUCCCGAAAAUUUCUUACCAAAUUUAAAUGAUUCGUCAAAUAAUACCGAAAAUAAUAAUCAUGCUUCGAUCGGCUCUUCUACUUCUAGUAAUAGCGUUACUAUUACAGAUAACAAUGAAGAAAGAUCUAAAGGUGAAAAAAUGACAGAAUUUUUAGUCAGAUUGCAGCAUUUAAAUACUAGACAGGAUAUUGAUAAUUGUGCUUAUGAUUUUUGGUUACAGGAAUUAAAUAAUAAAGCAUCACAGCAACGACUAUAUCGUUUUCUAAUUGAAAACACAGAUCUAAGAAAUGUUAAAUUUUAUUGCAGAUUUUUGGCAAUUAAUCAGCAUUUAUUACCAAAACUAGCUCAGGAUAUUAUCCAAUAUUUAGAUUCUGGGUUUAAAAGACAAAUUUUUAAUGAUUACGUUGAUUUUAAAAAUAUCAACUAUUUUUGCGAGUUGGUUAAAUUUAAUUUAAUGCCCACUCACUUAAUUUUUAAUAAGAUAAAUUCCUUAAUUUUAAAUAUUAAUAAUCCCAGAAAUAUUGAAAUUUUAGAGAUUUUUUUGGAUAAUUGUGGAAGAUUUUUAAUUUACAAUGAUAAUGAAGAAUAUCUAAAAUUGAUGGAACAAAUGAUAUCACUAUUAAUCAAAGUUAAAAAUGAAAAUAAAAAAUUAAGCAAAGAUGAUCAAAUUUCUAUUGAUAAUUUUCUUUUAACCUUAAAACCACCAGAUUUGAAGAAUAUCAAUGCUAUUGAAAAUGAGAUAAAAGAAAAUCAAAAUCCAGAAUUUAUUUUUUUUAAAAAAUUGAUUAGAAAACAAUUGUCAUCAAAAAACUUUUAUACGAUUUUUAUGUUGAUUAGAAAAUUAGAUUGGGAAAACUAUCGAAAUAAUAUUAAUAAUAUUAAUAACGAUAAUUUGAACGAGGAAUCAACUGGUAAUCAAAUCAGUGAUAAUAAUAAUGAAAAAGAUAACAAUAAUGAAAAGGAUAACAAUAAUGACAAAGAUAACGAUAAUUUUAAUAAAAACUUGCCGAAUUCAACUGAUGGGCUAAAGAAAUUAUUUGACGAGCCAGAAGAGAUUAAUUAUGAGAACAUUGUUCCAUUGGUCAAAAUAUUAAAGUUGAUGUCGAAAUCUAAAAAUCUAAAAAUUAAUAAUUUUGUUAUUGAAGUUAUAGAUCUGCUAAUUGAGAAUAUACAAGUUGGAUUGGAGAAUAAUGAUUAUAGGGAUAAUCGUAAAAGAUUGUCGGAAAUCAAAUAUUUAGGGGAAAUGUUUAAUCACAAGUUGAUUGGAUUCAAUUUAGUAACUGAGAUUUGUUAUAGAAUUUUAUUGUUCGGAUAUAUUAAUAGCAAUAAUCCAAUCAAUGAAUUUGACUUGCCAAAUAAUUAUUUUAGAAUCAAUUUAAUAACUAGUUUAUUUUUAACAAUUUCUCACACAUUAAGUCAUUCAUCAAAACAAUCUAAUGACAAGAGAAAAAAAUUCAAUAAGAGGAAAAAAAAUAAAGUAUCAACAAAGAAGUUGAAUAAAUUUUUGGUUUACUUUAAUUAUUAUAUUUUUAUGAAGGUUAAUAUACCAAAGGAUAUCGAAUUCAAAAUCUACGAUAUGUAUAAACAAAUCAAUCCUGAUUUUGUAUUUCGGGACAGUUUUAAAGAUGCGUUUGACGAGUUUAAUAAGAUCAAAAAUAACAACCGAGAAGUUGAAAAUGGAAUGGAUGGAGAAGAAAAGGAAGAAAAUAAGAAAGAAAAUGAAACUAAUAGUUAUCUUCAGCAAAGCGAAGAAGACCAUAAGAUCGAUGAUGAAUUAGAGAAGGAGUACAAGAAAAUAUUUUUGGAUAGUUUAGAAGCAAGAAAAAUUGAAAAGAAGUCGAGGUUCAAUGCCCCAAUUCCAUCGAAAUCGAUGAUUGAGAAUUCACUCGGUUUGAACAUAAAUGAUGGUUAUGAGAAAGACAUCAUUGAUGGCUACAGCAACCUAGAGCUAGACGAUCGACACACAGGCAAUGAUGGCAGCGCUGUUAUUGCCAGCAGAAAGACAACCAACGGCAAGAUUCCUUUUGCUUUGGCAAUGAAAUCCAACAAAGGGAAGAUUGUGCUCAAAACAGUAGAGCUCGCAAAGGACAGCAGGUUGGUGUUGGACAGACUCGAACAGGUUGAAAAGCACAAGGACGAGCAGGAAAAGAUCAAGCACAUUGUGCUCAGCAACAUCUCGUAG